AUGGCUAGAGUUAUGUUGGUGAAUCUUGGGUUUUUACUUCUUGUGAUGAUCUCUUUUGGGUUUCUGUCAAACACUUUGGGACAACAACAAGACGAUGAUGGUGAUGAUGAUGAUACUUCUGUUUACAUUGUCACACUUAAACAACCUCCCUUUGUCCAUCUCUUUGAGGAAGAAGAGGUUAAACAAGUUAGACAUAGACACCAGAGAGCUAAGUAUGGCCACACUUCUAAAUUCAAACCAAAAUUACAACCAAGAAACAUUUCCAGGAAACGUCAUGGGAGGGGGAGGCCAAAAAAACCACCAUCUAUUUCUCAAACUCAUGAUUCUUUCUUGAGAAAGACACUGAAAGGAGAGAAAUAUAUAAAGCUUUAUAGCUACAACUAUCUAAUCAAUGGAUUUGCUGUGUUCGUUAGCUCACAACAGGCUGAGAAGCUUUCAACGAGAAGAGAAGUAGCAAACAUAGUGUUGGAUUUCUCUGUUAGGACAGCAACAACAUAUACUCCACAGUUUAUGGGUUUACCUGAAGGAGCAUGGGUCAAAGAAGGUGGAUUUGAGACUGCUGGAGAAGGGAUUGUUAUCGGGUUUAUCGAUACUGGAAUCGAUCCGAAUCAUCCUAGUUUCAGUGACAAUGACAUUAACUCUAAGCAUUCAUAUCCAAUGCCUAAGCAUUUUUCAGGUGUUUGUGAAGUCACACCAGAUUUUCCAUCAGGAUCUUGCAAUAAGAAGCUCAUUGGAGCUAGGCAUUUCGGGCAAUCCGCUAUAACUAGAGGGAUCUUCAACUCAUCCGAAGAUUAUGCUUCUCCAUUUGAUGGAGAUGGUCAUGGAACGCACACAGCUUCCAUUGCUGCGGGUAACCAUGGAGUUCCAGUGAUAGUAUCUAACCAUAGCUUUGGAAAUGCUAGUGGAAUCGCUCCUCGUGCACAUAUUUCUGUCUACAAGGCAUUGUACAAGAGUUUUGGAGGCUUUGCUGCUGAUGUUGUUGCAGCUAUUGAUCAGGCAGCUCAAGAUGGAGUAGAUAUAUUGAGUCUUUCGAUUACACCGAAUCGAAAACCUCCUGGUGUUGCCACUUUCUUUAACCCUAUAGACAUGGCUAUACUAUCCGCUGUAAAAACCGGAAUAUUUGUAGUCCAAGCUGCAGGAAACACCGGUCCAUCACCUAAAAGCAUGUCAUCUUUUAGUCCUUGGAUUUUCACAGUUGGUGCUUCUUCUCAUGAUAGAGUUUACUCCAACUCCAUAACCCUAGGGAACAAUGUAACUAUUCCAGGAGUAGGAUUUGCAAGUCCUACUAAUGAUGGAAAAAUGUACAAGAUGGUCUCAGCUUUUCAUGCCUUGAACAAUAGUACUUCGGUAGAUAAAGAUAUGUAUGUAGGUGAAUGUCAAGAUUAUGAAAAUUACAAUCAAGAACUUGUCUCCGGGAACCUCUUCAUGUGUAGCUACUCUGUUCGUUUUGUUCUUGGCCUUUCGACGAUAAAACAAGCUAUAGAUGUUGCCAAGAAUCUAUCAGCAGCUGGUGUUGUGUUCUAUAUGGACCCCUAUGUUCUUGGUUUUCAGAUCAAUCCAACGCCUAUGGAUAUGCCUGGAAUCAUAAUUCCAUCUGCAGAAGAUUCCAAGAGUUUACUUAAGUACUAUAACUCUUCUAUUGAGAGAGAUGCAACCACCAACGACAUUGUUGAAUUUGGAGCAGUUGCAGCUAUUGAAGGCGGUUUAGAUGCUAACUUCAGCAACAAAGCUCCUGUGGUUAUGUAUUACUCAGCAAGAGGACCUGAUCCAGAAGACAACUCUUUCAACGACGCAGACAUAUUGAAACCUAACCUCGUAGCUCCUGGAAACUCUAUUUGGGGUGCUUGGAGCUCUGCUUCCAUAGAUUCAACCGAGUUUCAAGGUGAGAAAUUUGCAAUGAUGUCUGGUACAAGCAUGGCUGCUCCUCAUGUAGCUGGUGUGGCUGCACUAAUCAAACAGACUUACCCAAACUUUAGUCCUUCAGCAAUAGCAUCUGCACUUUCAACAACUUCUCUUCUUAAUGAUAAUAAAGGAGGUCCCAUAAUGGCUCAGCGUAGUUAUGCAAAUCCUGAUCAAAGCCUCAUUAACGCAACACCUUUUGAUAUGGGAAGCGGUUUCGUGAACGCCACGGCAGCUUUAGACCCUGGUUUAAUUUUCGAUACUAGUUUUGAAGACUACAUGUCAUUUCUUUGUGGAAUCAACGGCUCAAAUUCAGUGGUAUUUAACUACACUGGGAUUGACUGUUCCUCUAGCAACAACUCAACAAUCAGUGGUUUUGAUCUCAACUUGCCAUCGAUCACAGUAUCAACCCUUAAUGGUAUGCAAGUUUUUAAAAGAUCGGUGAGAAACAUAGCUGGAAAUGAGACAUACAAUGUUGGUUGGAGUCCUCCUUAUGGUGUUUCAAUGAAGGUAUCUCCUACUCAGUUCUCUAUAGGAACCGGAGAAACUCAAGUACUAAGCAUAACCCUAAAUGCGACAAAGAACAGUUCAAGUUCUAGUUUUGGAAGAAUCGGAUUGUUUGGAAAGUCAGGACACAUUGUGAAUAUUCCUGUAUCUGUCAUAGCUAAAAUCGUUUUGAGCUGA